AUGGAAGCAACUACACAUUACCACAUCUCAUCCUUCUUCCUGAUUGGUAUUCCUGGUUUGCAAGAUUUUCACUGCUGGAUUGGCAUACCUGUCUUCCUCCUGUUUGUCCUGACCCUGCUGGGGAACAGUGUCACCAUUGUUACUGUCAAGUUAGAGCCAGGCCUUCAGCAGCCUAUGUAUUUUUUCCUUUGCAUGCUGGCAGUGAAUGACAUGGCCCUUGCCUCUUCCACAGCACCCAAAAUGCUUGGCAUCCUCUGGUUUGAUGCUCACAGGAUUGACUUUAAUAUCUGUCUCACACAACUAUAUUUUAUCUACACAUUUUGCGUUAUUGAGUCAGCCAUCCUUGUUGCCAUGGCUUUUGACCGCUGUGUAGCUAUUUGCAUCCCACUGUGUUAUACAACCAUCCUGUCAACACCAAUGGUUGUAAAAAUAGGUUUAGUUGAUAUAAUCCGAGCUAUCUUUAUGGUUUUGCCACAUCCUCUUUUCAUUACUAAGCUACAAUAUUACACCAAGUAUGUCAUCAAUGAUGCCUGUUGUGAGCACAUGGCUGUGAGGUUGGCCCGCGCCAGCAUCUUCAUUUACAGAGUAUAUGGAAUCUCUGUGGCCCUUUCAGUGAUGAUAUUGGACCUAGGGCCCAUAGCCACAUCCUGUAUCAAAAUCCUUCAGGCAGUCUUUCGUCUCUCUUCCCAGAGCACCAUCUCUAAAUCAAUGGGCACCUGUGCUACUCAUGUCUGCACUAUUCUUGUUUGUUACAUACCUGCACUUUUUAGCUUUCUAAUUCACUGCAUUGCCAAGAAGGAAUCUCGAAGUAUGCACAUAAUUUUUGCAACUUUGUACCUUCUAGUUCCCCCGACAGUCAAUAUCCUGGCAUAUGGUAUCAAAACCAAGCAUAUUGGAAACCAAGUGGUGGGUCCCUUUUUCUCAAAUAAGAAAAUUUCUAUAUCAAAUAAGAAAAUUUCUCUCUCUCUCUCUCUCUAUAUAUAUAUAGAAAUUUUCUUAUUAUAUAUUUUGAGGAUAGCCUGGGCAAAGUGGUGA